UUCCAAAAGCUGCACUGGAACGAAAACGGUCGCCGAAUGUUCCUUUGCUGUAUUGCUGACGGUAUAACUUAACUUCGUCAUUUUCAUUUAAGUCAAUUGUCAUCGUCCGGUUUGGUUUUGUCUGUUUGUAUCGAUAUUUAUUAAGGGAACCUUCCUACAGGCUGUAUCAUCUCUUCCUAUUUUUCUUGUUAUCCAACUCUCCUUUGCCAUAUUUAAUACCUGUUUUGUCAUAAUUUGUUUGUAAUGGACGAAAACUCAGAGCUUCUAACGCCUGAAUUGGCGUCAAAACGCGCAUCUAAAGCAGAAAGUUUGACCACAUUUCGUCAACAUUUUCACCGGUGGAUCCAGGCUAUCCGAUACACUGCAAGCAGUAUCUUUUCUCACAACGAGCUUAACACAAUUGUCCAACCAUUGAAACGUCCGUUUCUAUUUCUUGCACGGCCGUCGAAUUCUCCAGACCUUGCAUGCAACCCAGGCGCAAACGAAUCUUCCGGUUCUCAAAAUGCUCUUGAGGGAAGAGAAACACCUGAAAUGACAAAGUUUCUGCGUGAGAUUCCUCAACCUUCGUCUUCCUAUAGUCUGCUUGACGGGUUUCAAGCAACUUUAUACAAAAACGUACAACGUAGACUUACUAAAAAGGGACUUCUCCUACCAGAGAAGCCCCGACCUGUGUCCAAUUCUCGUCCAAAAUCGUCACUGUCCCUUGAGCAUAGAAAACUUGUUCGUGAUUUUAGAGUUGCCAACGUUCAAGCAGCUGUAGUUGUCGACGAACUGGGUCAGAUCGAUAACAUGCUUUCCGAGUUACACAUACGCCGGCGGGCUGCCUUUCAAAAAAUGGAGCAAUUGAAUAGUCAAUGCACUCAAUUGCAAGCACGGUUAUCAAUCGUGGAAAAAGAAGCGCUUGAUGAAGACACACACGAACUUGAAGACGUUGUGACUUCAAAUAAGACGGUGACAGAACAACAAUUUGAGGAAGAAGCAGAUGAAGAAGCAGGAGAGUUGGGAGAAGAAAGGGAAUUGGGGGAGGAUGGUGUUCCAAAUGAAUUCAGAGACGAUGAGCAAAAAGAGAAAACAUCUCACAUGCGAACGGACGGAACAGAGGAACACGCGUCCCGCGGCCCAUUCAAACGAAAAAUAUCACUUUCAAGCUUUCACCAAAUUCCUGUAGGCACACCGCAGAAGAACAUAGAAGUAAGUCAGGGACAACCCAUCACAGCGCUUGACUUUAAUGAACCAUUUGGUUUGCUACUUCCAGCAUGCGCGGACGGAACCGUGAAUGUGUGGGAUUUGUCUUCGACCAAAUGUCUGGGUGAACUCGUUGGUCACACACAGCGUGUGCCGUGUUUGAGUGCUCGAGAUUCGAUCGCAGUUACUGGUUCUUGGGAUAGGACGGCCCGUAUUUGGAACUUGCAGAAUUGUUUGCGGUCUGAAAACCCAUCAGAUGGUACUGAAACAGUGUAUGACUCGGACACAUAUUAUUUCGCAGAAGACGCUCCGCAUGUGCAUGCGGAACGAGCAGUAGCAGUGCUGUCAUCGCAUACAGAGUCCAUCACGGCACUUUCUCUUUCUCCUGAAAAUGUUCUAGUGACUGGCGCCAACGACAAAACUAUACGCCAAUGGGAUAUGCUGACAGGGCGCUGUGUCCAAACUUUGGAUCUCGUUUGGACGGUGGCUCAAGAGGCUGCCACAGGACAUGCUAGUACCGUUCCGCUUCAUUCGUCGUUGAAUGAACCGCUCGUUGGCGCGUUGGAUUGUUUAGAUGCUGCUGUCGCUAGUGGUACAAGCGAUGGUAUUAUUCGGCUUUGGGAUUUACGUGUUGGACUUUCACAGCGUUCCUUGUGUGGCCAUACAGGUCUGAUUACGGCUCUUCAAUUCGAUGGAGUUUACGUGUUUUCUGGUAGCCAAGACCAUACUGUUCGCAUAUGGGAUUUGAGAAUGGGUUCGGUAUGCGAGAGCGUGACCUUUGCAGGCCCCGUUUCUUCCGUGUGUGUUUCUGAAGAUCGAUUUGCUGUCUCAUCCGUUGGUGAACCACUUUGUGUCCUAGAUCCAAAUGAAAGACGGACUUGGAUAUGUGACCAAGUGUCCUCUGGGCAUGGGUCGCUCCCGGAUGACCAUGAAAUCCCAUCAUCCAACACAUCCUUUUCCAAUGUUACAGCCCUUCAAUACAAGGAUCGAUUUUUGGUUUCUGGAAACGAGCUUGGUGUCGUUAGUAUGUUUUCAAUCUAACUGACAACUUUCUUGACUUUAAAAAAACCGCAAAAAAUAUGUUUGUAUUUAUGAAGUACUAAUUCUACUGUCUUUAAAGAUGCUUUCACGUUUAAACAUGCGCUUUUUUAUCCGAAAUGUUUCGUCUUCGCCGCUUCUCGCCGCUCUCGCCUGUUUCAUAAAACACUGUUCCAACCGAAUUUAAUAUUCCACCGUUUCGACCCAGUACACUUAAAACACUUCUCAAACACCUUCAGCACACCUUAACACUGCGAAACCAUCCACCUAACGGACAGUUUAAAUUUCCUCAACAAUUCUACAGUUUGUUGGUGUAGCCUCUAUUCACGCACCACAACGUAUUCAUUUAUUCACCACACAUUUGAAACUUG